UGGGGGACGUGGCGGAGGCUUUGGUGGGGGGAAGAGAGACUUGGAUGCGAUACAUCUGCAAAAGCCGGACUUCAAGCAGCUCAUGCCCUUCGAGAAGAACUUUUAUGUGGAGCAUCCCGCUGUGCAAUCCAGGAGUUUAGAAGAGGUCAAGGCGUAUCGACAUGCAAGAGAGAUUCAUAUCGAUGGCCACGAUAUUCCAAAACCUGUCACAACUUUCGAGGAAGCAUCCUUCCCAGAAUACGUGCUGACGGAGGUGAAGCACGCUGGCUUCACGCAGCCAACCCCAAUCCAGGCUCAGGGAUGGCCCAUGGCACUGCUGGGACGGGACCUGGUGGGUCUAGCAGAGACUGGCAGCGGCAAGACGCUCGCUUAUCUGCUGCCUGCAAUUGUGCACAUCAAUGCGCAGCCAUACCUGGAGCCUGGCGACGGGCCUAUUGUGCUGGUGCUGGCUCCCACCCGCGAGCUUGCAGUGCAGAUCCAGCAGGAGUGCGCUAAAUUUGGGACAUCGUCGCGCAUCAAGAACACGUGUGUGUAUGGAGGAGCGCCCAAGGGGCCGCAGAUGAGGGAUCUGAGGAACGGAGUGGAGAUUGUGAUUGCCACGCCAGGCCGCCUGAUCGACAUGCUAGAAUCGCGGGUGACCAACCUCAGGCGGGUGACAUACCUGGUCCUGGACGAGGCCGACCGCAUGCUGGACAUGGGAUUCGAGCCCCAGAUCCGCAACAUUGUGUCACAGAUCCGGCCUGACCGGCAGACGCUGCUGUGGAGCGCCACAUGGCCCAAGGAUGUGCAGAGCAUCGCGAGCGCAUUUCUGCGCGACUUCUACCAAGUCACCAUCGGCUCCCGCGACCUCAAGGCAAACCACUUGAUAGAUCAGCACUUCCAGUUCCUGAGUGAGGACGACAAGUACCGGGCGCUGAGCCGGCUGCUGGAGCGCGAGAUGGACGGCUCGCGGCUGCUCAUCUUCUGCGAGACCAAGCGCGGCUGCGACGCUGUCACUCGCCAGCUGCGCACCGAGGGCUGGCCCGCCCUCUCCAUCCACGGCGACAAGUCCCAGCAGGAGCGCGACUGGGUGCUGGCGGAGUUCAAAGCUGGCAAGAGCCCAAUCAUGCUGGCGACCGACGUUGCAGCGCGGGGACUUGACGUCAAGGACAUCAAGAUGGUGGUCAACUAUGACAUGCCCAACACCGCGGAGGACUACGUGCACCGUAUCGGCCGCACCGCGCGCGCGGGGGCGAGCGGCCUGGCCGUCAGCUUCUUCACGAGCGCCAACGGCCGCAUGGCGCGCCAGAUCGUGGACAUCUUGUCCGAGGCCCACCAGACCGUGCCAGACCAGCUGCGCCAGUACGCGUCCGUUGCCGGCGGCGGCGGCGGCAGCAAUUUCCGUAACCGCGGUCGCGGGUUUGGCGGUGGGGGAUUCGGGGGCCGAGGAGGGGGCGGCAGCUUUGGCGGGGGUGGAUUCAGGCGAUGA